AUCAGCCUGGUCUCAAUUCCAGCAUACCCUUAGACAUGGUCCCUGACUCUGUUGACGACAUGUAUAAUGGAUGCACUGAACAAAUGUACAACAAGGUGCAGAAGGAAUAUCUUGUACAUGAAAACAAAGAGCCCUUCAAAAAUGCCUGGAAGUGGGCCGAAAGGUGUGCAAAAGAUGUGAAGGAACGAUUCCGAAAGGACAAGUCUGAGUACAAUGUUGGCGACAAACUUUCACAUAAUCAUAUCAAGGCUAUCUGUGCUUACACAACAGGUCAUCCUUCAAUACACUCAGAGUUCAACCAAGCAGUCCGGACCAAUAGAUAUGAGUAUACAACCUCCUUCAAGUUCCACUCCCUGCAUUUCCUCCUGACUGACGCCAUUCGCCUCCUGAAAAAAAAACAAUCUUGUCACAUCACAUACAGAAGAACCAAAAUGAAGUUUGUGGGUAAAGUUAACAAAACUAUUAGAUUUGGCUACUUUACCUCCAGCUCUCUUAACAAGGACAAUUCUGAAUUUGGAGACAAGUCCUGCUUUGAGAUAGAGACGUGUUUUGGCGCUUACCUGAAGUCCUUCCCCAAAAUGGGUACAAAAGAAGAGGAGGUGUUGAUUCCACCUUAUGAAGUGUUCAACGUUACUGAAGUCCUCAAGAAAGAAGAUGAUCCAACACUUUGGUGUGAUGUUGUGAACAAACUACAGAGCACCAAAAUAGCCAAGAGUAACCUGAAUUGCAAAAUGUUUAAGAAGCCAAUUAUUAAUUAAGAAAAUGAACAUUGAGUCUUUGUCCCUAAAGAGGAUGUAAUUCAACCAUCUCAGCUUCUUAUUCUCACGCUUCUUACAAAAAUAAAUACAAUAAAAUGUUGAGUGACCAUAGUUUCUAUUGUUAUACGUUAAUUGGUUUAUUUGUGGAUGUUACAUACAAACCUCAUCCUGACUACCAGAAAUAGUUAUUAUUAAGAUGUGUGUAUUAACCUGUGUAUCAGACUUUAAAGCACUUAU